CACACGCUCGUCUCCACCUCCCCCUCCUCCUCGCAGCCUGUCUGAUCUAGAGGGAAGAUGAUGAAAAAGAAGUAAAAGAGAAGAGAGCGGGGGGGAAUCUUAUUUUCUGACGAGCGGAAAAGGCAUCAUACCGGGCGCAGAGCGCAGCGCGGAGGAGCGGAGAGAGGGAGACGCAUCACGGAGCGAGACACAGAAAAGACGGAGGGAGGAGGCGACAGCGGGUCGUAAACACGACAGAAAACGGCGAAUAGGACGGCAGGCAGCGGCGAUCACCCCCCACCGCCAACCCCGUGUCCCUCCUCAUCUCUCCAUCUCCAUCCUUUUCUGCACCGUCGGGCUCAUCCCUUUGCGCACCGAAGCGGCUCCGCGUUUUCUGUUUUCUCUGUUUGAAUCUGCUCCAGACAAACCUCCGCUCCGGCUUUCCUAUAAUAAACAUCAGAGGCAAGAGAGGAGGCUGUGCCAUCACUACGACCGACAGGAUCCGCUGCAAGUCCUGCUCGGGACGAUCAGCCGAUCCGGUAGAUAAAAACCGGAGGAGUCGGGUGGGGGUAAACACUGGCGAGAUGACUAUAGAGUAACCCGGCUGAAGAAUAGAGAGAGACCCCGGCCCCCGCUUACCACCGACACUCCGGCAUCACCAAUGCGAUGGCAUAGCAGCUUCUGCAGCAAAACUACCAGACAAGAAUCAGAUCAGCAGGGCUCUCAUCCACCAUGAACCUCUGAAAGACAUCCGACACGGGCACAGAUGGGCAGCAUCGCAGGGGAGAGGAAGUUUGCAACAAUAGACUGGCAGCGACUGGUGACUUGAGCACAUUGGAAUAAUUUCUACAAUCAUGUCUUGGCUUAGAGGUACCUGGGCAUCCCUGAAUCUCCUGAAAACACCUACAUCAUGCCUGCAGUUACUCUGUUUGAUGAAAAUGCGGCGGCACAGGGUGUUCUUGCUGUGCACGGUGGGCCUGUGCGUCAUCUCCUUCCUCCACUACUACAAGGCCCUCCACUACGUCUCCCUGCUGCGUGAGCUCUCCGCCCCGUACCCCAACAUCAAGUCCUUCAUCAUGGUCACCGGCUUCUUUUGGAGAGAGAAGGGUGUGGCCACCACCCCAAUCAGCCCCGCCUCCCCUGAAGAGGCCCCUCCGCUACCGGUUCUCCAUCAGUUGGACAGCAAAGCUAGAGCCAUGGCAGUUGCUGUGGGAGGAGGUGGAAGGGGAGAGGGUGCAGGAGAAGGAGGAGGAGGAGGAGGGAUGAGUCCAGGGAUUGAGGGCGUCGUGGUUGGAGGUGUUAGAAUCGUUGGCAGCGCAGGGCUAGAGAUGAGGUUGAGGGACGAGCCAGCGCCCCCUCACCCCUGGCAGAAACCACAGGAGAACCAGCGGGGAGACACUCCGAAUGAGAACAUAGCUGAAGGUAACCUGAAGCCACGUAACCCCAGCCACCCUGCCGGGCCUGACCUCGCAGAGGUACCAUUGGUUGGGAAAGAGCACAUGGAGCUGUUUGGCCAGGAGAAAUUGCUGGACCCUGUAGAAACUAUGGGAGACCUCCACAUCCGCACCCACCAGCUUCAAGAUGAUGAAACCCCUUACUUUGUCCGAACCAAAGCUGGAGCCCUUUGCUUCAGGCAGGGGACAGAGGUGGCCACCCCAAAGGAGUACUCUGGGAAAUCAGGGGGGGCUGUGGUCAACGGGGGCGGGGAAGGUGCUCGAGCUGGGACUGCUGGGCAGCGGAAACCUCUGGAAUUCCAGCAGCAGACCUCAAUAGCUCCAAGAGCCAAGGCCAGGACCAGGGGCAACGGGAAGCGGCUGGUCAAGUGUGUGUGUCGGCCAGGGUGGCACGGACCUUACUGUGGGGUUCCCACCAUGGUGUACCACUCCAAUUUGCCCACCAAGGAGCGGCUGACGCCCAGAGAGACCCCGCGGAGGGUCAUCAACGCCAUCAACGUUAACCACGAGUUUGACUUGUUGCAUGUACGCUUUCAUGAGCUCGCCCAAGCCGUUGAUCUGUUCAUCGUUUGUGAAUCCAACUUUACUGCCUACGGAGAGAAACGGCCUCUGAGUUUCUUGCGGCUCCUCCUCAACGGUACGUACGACUACAUACGUCACAAGAUCCUGUACGUGUUCCUUGACCACUUCCCGGAGGGCGGUCGGCAGGACGGCUGGAUCGCUGACGACUACUUGCGUACCUUCCUGACACACAACGGCAUGGCCAGGGUGAUGGGCACCAGAUUGGACGACGUCUUCGUCAUCAACGACGCAGAUGAAAUCCCAGCGCACGAGGGCCUUCUUUUCCUCAAGCUGUUCGAUGGCUGGACAGAGCCUUUUGCCAUCCACAUGCGCAAGUCACUGUAUGGAUUUUUCUGGAAGCAGUUCGGCUCUCUAGAGGUGGUUUCAGGCUGCACGGUGGGGAUGCUCCACGACGUCUACGACGGCGACGGUAUCAAGCUCCGCCGUCGCGAAUACUACACUAUGCCGGGUUUCCGUAAGUACGAGAACGACACAGGCCACAUCCUGGUGCAGUGGUCGGUGGGCAGCCCCUUCCACUUCGCCGGGUGGCACUGCUCCUGGUGCUUCACGCCCGAAGGGAUCUACUUCAAGCUGGUGUCGGCGCAGAACGGAGACUUCCCGCGGUGGGGCGACUAUGAGGACAAGCGUGACCUCAACUACAUCCGCGAUCUGAUCAGGACCGGGGGCUGGUUCGAUGGCUCCCUGCAGGAAUAUCCCCCUGUGGACCCCAAAGAGCACAUGUACGCCCCCAAGUACAUGUUGGAGCACUAUGACAGGUACCACUACCUCCUGGAGAACCCUUACAGCAAAGUGUCCAGACCGAGUGAGGGAUAGGAGUUCAGCUAGGAACAGAUGAGUGAAAUAACUAGUAGGGCCUGAGCGGAGGCCUCAGCACUGAGUUUUGGGGGGCAGAACGGUACUGAUGAACUACAUCUCUCAUUGGAGCGAUACUACAUGUAUCUCCACCAGGCAGCACUGAUGUUGCAGGGAUUUGAAAUCUCUUAAAAAUAAUUAUUUUGGGGUCAAAAAAGGGAACACUGAAUCACAUCCACCAUGGAUUUUAAGGAGAGAUCAUACAGAGGAUACAACCACUGGAUAAACAAAAUCAUAGAUUUCCUCAUUCCUCCCUUUUUAGGGGAGGAGCCAAGCUAUCUCUCUUUUUGUCACCCCACUCCUGUCCUCCUUUUCUUCACCCGAGCCAAUAAGCUUGCUGAGAGCAAAGGGCCGCUUCAAAGUAAAGAGCCGGAUAUUUCACAGCCUGUGGAGACCAGACACUUGGAAGUGAAGGAUCGUUUUUUUUUGUUUGUUUGUUUGUUUCUGUCUGUGUUUAAAGUUUACGGACCGAUGUUCCCACUUCACCCUCCGCCUUCAGAUGUCUUCCUGUCAUAUUUGGUGACCUCCUGCCAGAAACAGACACUCAUUCAGAUAUUAUGUUAUUCUUUGGGUCUCAGUAGAAAAUUAUAAAUGCUAUUUAAACCCCGCUGGAGUACCCACUGCCAAAUGAAAAGGAAUGACUUGAUGGAGAUGUUUCAGCUCAUUCUCAUACCCACGCUCAUCACAUGCACCUUAGCCUGUAUGUGUGCUUCUUUAUAUAAAAAAAAAGUGUGUGUGUGUGUUCUGUCUUUGUAUCAUAUUGCUGUGAAAGGGGGGGGGGGCGAGAUCAGUGAGAGGAAACAGAAAAUGAGAAAGAAUCAUCGGGGGGGACGAGGAACACAAGAAAGACGGCGAGAUGGGAAAACAGCGCAAGCGAGACAGAAGGCAGGAAAGAGCGGAGAAUAAUGAGGGAGGAAGAGAGCGGCGACGGGAAGGAAAGAAAAGGAGGCUCUUUCGACGUUCCCUUUUCCCAAAGCGUCUGCUGGUGCACGAGUGUCGCGGGGAUGAGUGUGCAGGAUAUGUGUGCGUGUCCCUCAGUGCUUGCAGACAGUUCUGAAUAAAUCAUGCUCUGUCGAUGGCGUCGGAUGAAACUCGCCGUUAUUGUUUGUCCGAUGAGAACAAUCGGGACCAGUUGGGGAAAGAUUACCCUGCAGUUUUGUGUCUCAGUCUAUCCAGCAGCUGAGAUGACUUUGUUUCCUUGGAAACUAAAGUAUGUGAAAAGGAGCCGGGAUGGGUGUUGUUAGGAUGAGUGGGUGGGUUCGCAUCGGGCAAGGAGCUGCAGCGAUCAGACGAGGUCAGCGCUUGACUGUAGGUCCCCUCGGUUAAAUAUUCCUCUUUCUGCGCAGCUGUCAAUCACCCGCUGUCUGAAAUUGACUCUUGCAGGCUUUUUCUGUCCCUCUCUUGUCCUCUUUCUUUCUCUGUUUUUCAUGCCACUGUCUGUUUUUUUUUUCUUUGUCUGGUAUGGGUUUACUCUUAAUCUUCAUUAAGCGGGCAUAUUUUUUCUCUCUUGAAUUGAAUUAUAUCCCCUCUUUCAUCAAAAUGUUAAAAUCUCCAACUCUUCCUCAAACUUUCCGUCACGCACACACACACACACACACACACACAGGGGCUCUCACACUGCCUUUCUGGGUGUGUAUCAGUUCCCUCUUAAUCCUCACAACAAUGGAGGUGUAUUUAUCUUCUCUCUGCCUCAUUUCUCUGAGCUUGUCUCUGCAGGACGGGACAGAACAGCCUUUACCGUCCCUGAGCCCACAGAUCAUUGUCAUCUGAACACUGAGGCAUGAAGCGUUCAUGCCUGUUGCCUCCUCGCUACAUCCCCACCCCAAAUCGUUUGGCAGGAGUCAGCGAUGUUGUGGACAGUUUGGCAUGCAUUCUGUUCUCUGUGGGUGCGUGUCAUGUGGGCUGAGGCCCGGCGGGUUUCGCUCUUGUCGAGAGCGCGGGUAUCAUAGCAGCCGUUAAGGAAGGAAGGGAGCUAAACAUGCGUCGGAGAGGCACCAAUCAAAACCAGUAAACUCAUUGAUUUUUCCUUUAAUUGUACAUUGACUGCACCCACCAUCUGCUACUUCAACGGCUGUCUGAGCUUUGCAGAUACUGUUUACCUCUGCUUCAGGCUCCUCGCUGUUUCAAUGCGAACAGCUCCUCAAGAGGAAUAAAAAGUCUGGGAGUAAACUUGAUUAGUCGCUGAGGGGUGAGGACAGGACUGAGAAGAUUUUCAAUCCUGGAGGAAAAAGUUUAAUGUUGUAGCUGUAUUUUCUCUUGGAAUGGAGACACAAAACGUCCUGAGGAAGAUGUUAAACUACAACCUCCUUGCUUAUCUUUAGUCCCUUUGCACAAUGUAUGAGAAAAGCCUCUGAUUAAUGAUGGAAUCUGUAAGAUUUGGACUUAUUCAUCUAGACUAUCUAUCUAAAACUAGCGUGAGCAUUUCUGUCUGUCAGUCCAUCACCAUGCUGGCUCUUCGUGGCUGUGAGCUCAUGCUAGGAAAAGCAGAUUAGCCAACAGGCCUCUGACAGUUGUGUCGGGUCUGUGCCGCUGCCUCCAUGGCAGCGCGGUCUGCGGCGGCAGCUGUUAGGGGUUUGGUGUUGGUGUGGAGAGCCAAACUCCCAUCCAACCCCAGAGGGGCCGCAGAGGAACACGCUUUAAAUAGGACUUGACAUUAGACGACAGGAGGAGACGACAAUAAUGCUGGAUGUGACGCUUUUCGUUGCUAAAUUAGAUUUUCUGCCCUUUGGAAAGGUAGUGAUUAAUAAUGAUUGAUAGAACAAAAAAGAAACAGAUGAUGAAAUGUAAAGGAAAGUGGAAGAACACUUUAACAGAGUGGAUCUUUUAUAUUUCAGCAAUGUUGAAUCAUGAAUUCAGGCAGUUAUUUGAAAUGGAUGGUUGUGUAAAUCAUUUUGUUUUGUUUUUUGUGUCCGAGCUUUGUAAUUAAAACAAGUCUUGCAGCACAUCCUCCUCCUGAAUCAAUGAAAACAAAUACUUUUUGAGCUUUUCUAGCAAAAACAGCAUCGAUGACUGUUUCCUGGUGUCAGCAGUUAACAUUAAGCUGACCAAAGUGUCUAAUUUGAUGGUACAAAAAAAGCAAACAAGCCUCCUCUGACCUCAAGGCCUCAAACCACAACCAUGUGCAUACUCACUCUGUCUGUUUGGUGAUAAGUAAGCUUGUCCUCUCAGUUACACGCCACCACAUGCAAAAAAAAAAAAAAAAAACCAAGACGUGUGCUUCAUGGCUAAACGUCAUCUCAGCAAUGUGUGUUGGGGUGUGUGUUUAAGUUCAGCCAAGAGGCAUUUAAGCAGCAUUAACUCCCAACUCUUAGCCUGCUGCAAUCAGGCUGCACAUCUGGUGAAGCGUGUGUGUGUGUGUUGCAUAUAUGUAGGUAUGCUUUGCACUUCUACAGUCAUUUGUGUGUGUGUGUGUGUGUGUGUGUGUGUGAGUGUGAGUGUGUGUGUGUGUGUGUGAGUGUGUGUGUGUGUGUGUGAGCAUGUGUGAUAGGCAGAGUGACUCAUGCCAGAUAAGGGCGUCUGGCCUGCUGAAAGACAAGCCAGGGUUACUUCAGCCUGCCUGUUGCCCUGUUAUUGCCAUGACAACAAUCCUCUUGAUGAAUUCCUGAGAUCCCUAACAGCCUGAGGUCAUCAACCAAGGUAACAGACCAAUAGGAUUAGAGGUGAGGGAGAGCAGGGGGAGGAUGAUCGGAGAAACCGGAGAAAUAACAGAACUGUUCUCGACUUAAUUCUACUUACAAAACCUGACCUGAGUGAAAAAAUGCUCUCGUGGCUUCAGUGAAUGUCAGAGCUCUGCAGACCUGCAGAAUGGUGACACACAUAAUAAUCCUGUUCCCAGUGACAGUCUUAUUGGAUGAAGCGCGAUUAUGACACGCGGAGUGGAGGGGGGGAAUAAGCCUGACCGAACGCCUUUGAUUUUUCACUUUGAUGAGGGAAAAGUCAUCGCUGAGAUGAAAUGAAAAGCGUCCAAAUGAAAGGAGCAGCUCAUCAUCCCUGUAAAAGGAAAUCCAUAAACCGGUGACAGUUAAAGUGGAAACGAGGCUGUGAUGUUGACCGAUUGAAACAGCGUGCGCGGCGCCUCAUUGGGCUAAUAACGGAUUGAAAGUGUUUGAUAUCCACGAAGGAGGGACUCUAUCUUUCUCGGGGACACUUUGGGCGAUUGUAUCCUCUCAGCUGAUGUGAUAGCACUUACACAAACCUGUGACAUUCACGUUACUGGACUGUCUGACCAAUCGUGCAUGCUGUCAUUUUUGUUCUAUCACAAAAUCAAUAAAGCAAUAACAUCUAGGAAGGGAAAUAGCUGCAGCCUAUCAACACAAUAUACCUUUAGGAUGUUAUCGCUUAAUCACAGCAGUUUCAACAUUUUUGCAGGGGUGUCAAACAUUUUACCGCAGAAACAAACCUCUUCUCUUCAUUUGAUCAUUCUUGGGCUCUGUGCCAACAAAUAAUCUGCAGUAAACGUGGCUGCUUGCUCCAGGUGAUUGGAACAGAGGGAAUAGAUUAACUUUAAAAUGCAAAACUGUGAACGAGAUGGAGCGAUUCCACUGCGUGUUUGGAGUUGCGUUGCUAGGAAACAGCUCGGCACCGUCUUUAUUUCCUUUCAGUUAUUGAUAUUAGCUACGGGAAACAAACUUGGACCCAUUUGGAAGGUUAAUGUUUGACUCUAGUCGGGAGUGGUCUGAACUGAGGGUGUGAGUCAGACUACAGUAAACUUCAGUAUAUUAGCCACUGUCAGUAUUUAUUUAACUGUUACAUAUCAGCCAGUCAGGGGGUUUUUCCCUGACUUUUGCAUAAUGGAACAACAACAACAACAAUGGUCAAUUUGUACAAUGAUCAAAAUGUAUAUGAUUCAUGUACCUAAAGGUUUAAAAAGGUGAUUUAGUGCUGCGCUUCCAUGAAUGUUUGAGAGAAAUAAGAGAAAGGAACAAGCUGUCUUGCUAUCGUCCAAAUAGACUUGAUCCUACAUUUCCCACAAUGCAACUCCACAGCAUCUUUUUGCUGCACCUCCUCUCCUCCUAAAUGUCUGUCAAAGUCCAUACCAACAGUUCAUCACACUGGCUUUCUGUUAGAAAUUUGCAGUUUCCAAGCCCAAAAUGAGAUAACCCAGAUGAUGUCACAGUGAUGUCAUCAGGGUUAUUUUCAAAGCUCCUCCUGAGCCACAGAAAACAGUUUUCACAGGCUGAUGUGAACUAGUAAACUGAGUACGUAUAAAAUUGGUGAAGCACCCCUUUAAUAUAUCCCAACAUGAGACAACUUUGAGGAGUCACACUAAUCAGAAACAUCGGUCUGAAACGAUUACGAUCAGCCUCCAAACCCGCCAUUACUGCUCCGCACACACUAAUCAUCAACACAUGUUUUAUAGCGUUCAGCACAUGUGUGUAUCCUAGACAGAUGUGCGUCUCCAGGGCUGCGCUGCCCCACCACCACCAUCACCCCCCAUCUGUUGUUGUUCCUGCGCAGCGGCUGGCUGUCUGUCUAUAGGGCUUACAUGCCUUCACGGCUCUGGCCUCCCGCCAGCCCUGUGGCUUCCACCGAUUGAUCUUUUCCAAGAAACAUUAGCGGUGAGCAGGCCGGAAAUCAAGGAGGAGGAUGUGUGGGUGCGGAGAAAAGAGGGUCAUUUCACUGGAGCCCCUUUUUGACUUUGUUGUUGAAAUUAUUUCUUUCUUUCUGUGGUUCCUAAAUUAAUCCUUUAGAGACUUACGAAAAAGCGUGUGUCAAAAAGAUUCUUUUCCUAAGUUUUGAAUCCUUAUUUCAUAAAUUUGGAAGUUAUAAUUUUGCAGAAAGAUCUCGAUGGAUGGAGCUUUAAAUUAAACCGAGAAAUGAAGUUCUUGAAAGUGGGAUUUUGAAAUGGGAACCAGCACAUGCCUCCUGUCGUGCAGCAGAAAGCUGCUGCUGUUGUCAUCUUGGCUGUAAACAUGUUGUUAUUCUCUUUGAGUGAGCAGUGGAAAGCAUUCGCAUUCCACGAGCUGAGCGAUCACAUUAACUCCAACAGCUGCAACGAUGUGUCAGCGCUGAUUGGAAAGUGCUUGGUGUUGCUAACCACAAGCAUUGCCCAAAACAAGUGCAAGUAUUUAACCUACUUUUGUGUGCUUAGUUGGACUUCAGGACUGGAUUUGUUAGUAUUAGACUGAAACCUACAGUUAAUAUUAUAGGGCUCAGUUCACCCAAAUUACAAACCACUCCUCUCCAGUGCUACAGUAUUCAGGUUUGGUUUUAAUUGCACAGAUGUUGUGACAACCAUCUUUGACAUUUCUGCUGCCACCUCUAAAUACACAGAUAAAUGGAAUUUCAUUCAUGGUGCUUACAGCAUUGAAAAAUGACAUUAGGGUCUUUCUGCUUUUCCUUGGAACUACUUUCUGCCAAAGUCCCUGCAUUUUCUGUGGGUUAUUCACAGUAAUAGAGACACUGUUCCUUGAACGAGACGUUGCUGUUGACUUUUUCAUUUUUUAAGACCGCAAAAGAUAUUCUUUUCACUUUACACACAAAACCAUUGUACUGGGAUGAAGGCAAAUAUCUGAAAACCAGGCCAAAUCAAACCAAAACUAUCUGCAUGGCUAAAUACCAGCAGAGGUAAGUGAGAACAUUGGGAUGAGGUAACCCUUUACAGCAAGGAAGAAAAAGUGUUGGUGAGAAACAGGAAGCCUCACAAUGUUGAAUUCUUCCACAGAAAACUAAAACUUUCCUUUUGUUUAUGGCUCUUUUUAAUGAGUAAAUCAAUUGGGCGCCAUCCAGCUCUGUUGCAACGAAGCAGCCAGCCCACGUUAUAAAGUUGCAUGGAAAACAGUUUUCCCGAUCGCACGUUGAAGUUGAGCUCCAAUCAGCAAAAGAAGCAGAUCAAACUAAGCAGCGGUUCGGACGAAUAUGAAAUAGUGGAAACAUUGAUGACCGGGAACGUCCUCCUCCGUAAGCAUGUCACGUUUUGUCGGGCCGGUGAGUCUGCUAUUUAUCACAGCAGAAGAGGAGAGGUGUGUGUUUGUGAGUCAGGACUCAUAACACGUCUGAAUGUGUUCCAGGACAGAUUGUUGGCUUCGGGGCGGGUGCGGGACGAGACCGGUCCAGGAGUCCAUAUGUUGUGACACCGCAGAUCAGAAAGAUGAAAGUCAGCGUGGCGCUGCAGAGACAGAUGGACACAGUGACACAUGCGCACGUGAAAAGUCGGCCACGCAGGCGGGCCGGCACCUGGCUGCAGAUCAAAUGGCGUCAGAAACUGAAGGGAAGGCAUGAGUGCUGAUGUGUGUCUCUUUGUGUGUGAGAGGCUACACUGUGUGGCCAAAAGUAUGUGGACAACACAAUUUUGUGUCAUUUUGCUGUUGAUUGUUUUUCAUGGCUGUGUGGGAAAUAUUAAAGCGUGCAACAAUCACAGUUUCAGACACUAUUUAUUGAGAAUUUGGAGGAAUAGUUCAACUUUUGGGAAACUGUCCAGGAAAUUGUCUUGCACGUAGCCUCCCACAAAACUGCAAACUAAAGUUUUUGUUCGGCGCAUGCAGACGUGAGUGGUUUCAAGAGAGCAAAUAAAGGCAUUCCCUAAGAUCAACCUUUCCUUUAUGCUCAGCAACUCUAAUCUGCUUUAUCAGGACUGUGUGGGUGUGGUUAGACCAAAACACCUUCACCUGUCAUCACAUGUUGAAGCAGACGUGCCUAGAUCCUGAUUGGAUCAGGACCAGUGGAAGAGCCCAGAAAAAAAUUAAAGAUAAAAAAUAGAACACAUACAUGUGAAAUAACCAAAACUUCACAUUUUGGCAGAAAAGAAUGUGUUCAUGUAGGAUCCCAUCACUCGUAGUAAGAAGCUGAUUUCAAACAUGUUUUCAAGGCCUGUAAUGCUGCAGCAUAUAGUGAUCUUUUAGAUCCCUGAUCUCAGCCCCAUCCAAUACCUUUGGGGCAAAUUCAUUCAUGCUUUAACUGCUAAAUGGGAGAAAUUAGCUAGUCGAGGCUAUUACAGCAGCAGAUUAAUGCCCAUAAUUUCAGAAUGAGAUGUGCAACAAUCUCGUAUGGGUGUAAUUUUUAGGCGUCCACAUACUCCUGUCCAUGCAAUGUGUGCUUGUUCCUUCCAUCAUCAUCUUUCAUCGUAACGUGAGCUGACCUGCAGUGCUCAGAAUCUGACCUGACCUGAGCUGAGACAGAGGCAGAAAUAGUGGGCGACGGGGUCAGAAAAUGGCAAAUGGAGGGAAAGUGAGAGCGAGCCUCCGGAGGGUUUUGAAUUCCCCGCAAUCAGAAACGGAGACAGAUGGAACGAGGGAGCGAAGGAUCGUUACAAUCACAGACUUUCCACACUUACAGCCUCUCCCCCUUUUCUUUCCUUUGGUUUUGUUUUGCACUUACGCUUUGUGUGAAGUCAAUCGAUGUCUUUCCUUCUAAAGGUUUUAACAUUGUUUUUGGUGGAAGUCUGAGGAACAGAGGGAGGGGUGAUGGGCUUUUUUGACCCUCUGUUUUUCUAUUUAACUUUGUUUUUGUACUUUUUUUUGUAACUUCAUCCAGUUGGCAGCUUGAUAUUUAAUGUCUUUUUAAGCCGGUUUUGUGAGUGAAUGUGUGUGUGUGUGUGAGCACUGUCUCAGCCUACUGCUAGAUUUCCACUCCACCUCACGGGUCUUUUGCCUCCUUUGAUGCUGUAAAGGGGACUUCAUACUGUGGUGGCCAUCUUGUUGUCUGUUGUUUUGAUGACAUCAUCUUUUCCUCGUGACCUUAACAGCAUCGCAUAACCACUUGAGUUGCUUUUUUUGUUUGGCUGUUUUUUUUUAUAUGUUUGUUUUCCCUGUGAAGGUUUUAUUCAUGAUUCAUUUUCCUACCUUCCCACAUGACAGAUAGCACUCGCAGCACACACACACACACACACACAUCCAUCCAUGCACACACACAGAUACACACACAGUACCGCCUCUGUUUUUUACUGUGGUCUGAUUGUGGCCAUGUCCUCUGGUCAAACAGUCAGAGUACUGUAGCCGCUCUGUUUGUGCCCUCGCUGUUAUGUGAUCGCUAUGAAGGCUCGCCAUUGUGUGACCAAAAACCAUUUUUGUCAUCGCUCAGCCACUCAGAACCGGUUUGGGCCAGAGCCCCAACCUAAGAGGAGCCCAGCAUACAGAAAAAAAAAACAAACAAACAAAAAAAAACCCUGCCAGUUUUGCCCUCAUCUUUUGUUUAAUGUUCUGUGUCUGUCUGACAGCAAAGUGCUGCUGGUUUGAUGCUUUUUUUGUGCUCUGCUUUUUUCCCCUCCUUUAUCACUAAUAUAGUGUUUGUUGUUUGUUUUUUGUUUCCUCCAAACGGACAAAGAUGUCAAAAAAAGAAAAAAGGAAAGAAAGAAAAAGAUGAUUAUCUCUUUUUGGGAAAAAAGCUUUUUAUUUGAGUUGCAUGCCGAAUACAGAUAGUACUUCUGCCUGUAUAACUAUGAAUUGCACCUUAUUGGACGGAUGUAGUUUUAUUUUUGUUUUUGUUUAUUUUUGUUUAUAUAUAUAUAUAU